AUGGCGUUCAGACGAAUCGACAAAGAGAUUCAGGAAUUGCAGACAAAUCCCAUUCCCGGCAUCACUGCCGCCCCCGUCCCGCCCGGCACUAACCCUUUUGAAUGGGUGGGCAAUAUCGCGGGCCCUCCGGACACACCAUACGCGGGCGGACUGUUUAUCGUGAGAAUACAGUUCCCGCAGAACUACCCGUUCAGUCCGCCGACCAUUAAAAUACAGACCCGUGUAUUCCACCCAAACAUAUCUCACCAAGAUGGCCAUAUAUGUGUGGACACACUAUCCGAUGCCUGGAGCGCCGCCCUGUCCAUCAGCAAAGUGUUGCUCACUAUUCAGCAACUGUUGGCCACACCUAACCCGGACGACCCCCUCACUCAGGAACACACCCAUGCCUACCGUACUAAUAGGCAACUCUUCAAUCAGAGGGCUAAGGAGUGGACCCAACUAUAUGCCCGACCACCACAGCCAUCACCAUCAUUCGCCCUCACUAAUCAGUCAACUCAGGAUAGUAGUGGCGGCACCGGUAGUCAAUAG